GCGGGUUCUCGUGUGAUUGGAGGAGGACGAGGCGGGUUCACUACGUCAUACUAUUGCCAUUGAUUUUCCAAUGUUGAUACACACCGGUGACAUGACGUUUUGCAAUUUUUUUUUUCGCUUUCUGAGGGAAAAAUAAAUUAGAAGAUGCACUUGAUAAUUUCGGAGGUAAUUUAGAAAAGAGGAGGUGAUUUCUAGGGGCCCAUUGGGCCUUAAUGGGCUGUAGAUAAUCUUGAUGGAAUUCGAUGAUUGAAACUGGAGAUUUUCGAAUAGAAUUUCCACCGAUUGAAAUUUCCCAAUUUUUUUGUUUUGAGUUUUUUAUUAAUUUGGGCCCGACAGGGUGGGGAGGCCCUAUCCCAAUGGAAUUCCAGUUUUCUAUAGAAUUUAUUCUGUACAUGUGUUUGAAUUGAAUUCCCUCGGGCGGAUUUUUUUGUGGUGAUGUAAUUGAUCAUUAAUUAGAAACGUUAAUUCUUCAGGAAAAAAAUUGAAAAACGAAUUUGAUGAUUUUAUAUUACGAGAGGAGCAGGGGAUUCCGUAGGGCCCAAUGUUUUGCGCCUCAUGGGGCCCUAAUGGUCUACAGAAAAAUUCAGUGGAAUUCGGCCGUUAGAGCUGUGGAUUUCCCCCAGGAAUUUCCUCCAUUUAAAUUCUCCUAUUUUUUUGUAAUAAAAUUUACCAAAACUUUGGGCCCAAUAAUAAUCGUACUGAAUUCCCUCCGUCCGAAUUUGGCGGAUGCAAUUGAUAAUUUAGUAGUAAUGUUGAUCCUGAUGAGAGAAAUCAAUUGACUUAUUUUUUCGCAGCGAUAAAAAACAUCUAAAAAUUCACGUCUAUGAUUUUCUAACUUGUCUAAGUAAUUUGUUAACCACACGGAAGACUGAAAAUAGACUAGUCCUGGUGUACUGUUCCACUGAAUAAUUCACAUCCUCCGGAGGUGGUGCGACGAAUUUUACGGUGUCUGUAUCUGUAUCUUUGAUAUUUAUAUCAAGGCUUUUCAUGCACUAGAUCGAACCCGGAGUCAAUAGGGUCAAUGAAAUAGACCAGAACUAUUCAGAAAACAGAGCGCUCAUGUCGUGAUGUAAAUAAUAAUCCAGACGAUUGUUUAUAGUCUGUCUCAUCCAGAAAAUUCCUUACGAUAAUUUUCUAUAGCCAAUUAUUUAUGGUCUACAUUCUAUAGCCAAUAAUUUACGGAUAACUUUCAAUAGAUAAUUUAUCGAUGGACCAUUUUUUGGGAGUAUUUUCACAAAAACAAGUGCAUCCACGUGCUGACAAAAAAAUUAAUUAAAAAUCAAUAGAAAUUCAAUAGAAUUCUCUCGUAAAUUUGAGGCAUUUCAGGUUCUAAAUUCAUUUGAAUAUUUUCAGCUCUAUAACGACCACAAAAUUACAAUUAAAUAGGCAAUUUAAAUUUGACUUCGAAAAAAAUGCCAGAAGAGUGCCGCAAGGUGCGGUUUCCGUCGAUUGAACGAACGAGGGGGAGGGAGGGUAUCAACGCAUAUGCAUCUUAAGGCCGACUCAACACAGUCCUGUUCCACUAGCUCCGGCUCAACCGCUUCAAACGCUCACCGUCCGCGACGAUUCGUCUCGAUUCACUAGUCAACAUACUCUAGUUUUUUAAAUUGAAGAUAUAAAAAAAGAAGAAACUCCGCUGGUCAACUGUGAAAUCGUGAAACUUCCACGGAAUUUGAAAUAGUUAUAGUGCGACUUUUGCGCGCGUAGAAGUGACAACUGUUGUCUUCGAUAAAAUUUAUUAGAAUAUUUGAAAAUUAUGGUGUUUGAUCCGAUGACCAGCGAACAGAGAACGGAAUUCUUCCGGCAGAACUAUGGAACACAUCUGCCAGGAUACACGGGACACUGUCCGACUCUGAAAUUUCGAGUUGGCAAGCGAUUUGGCGCGAAUACCCAGGAGAUUAUGGAGGAACUCCUGCAGAAACAGGUCUUGAAGAGUGGUCCCUAUCGGCCAAAUUCUAGCCGAGAUCCCGUGGUCCUGCUCGACAGGGAGAAACGCACUAGGAGAACUCACAGGAACGACAGAUCGCUACAUAAACCACCACCGUUUAUCCUGGGAUACACCGGCUACAUCCCCGGAUUCAAUAAAAAAUACGGUCUCUCCUUCAUGCGCGCCGUCGAAGAGGGUGGCAAGGAGUGGCGCGAAACGCAGAAUAAACUUCGCAUCAAGGGAGAUGCAAUGCGGGCGCACGUGGAGCGAACAAAUCCGAGGAAUUUGGCGUCUCGAGUCAGGACUGAUAAUGUCAGUGUUGAAAUUAAUCAUGGGAAUCAGCAGAAUCCACCGUAUUUCGGAAAUCAGGUCUCUCCGGAGAGUCCCCCGAUAGUGGGAUACACAGGGCACAUACCAGGUGCCCGAAGUGAGGUUGCACUGUCCCGAAGAUACGCCCAAGCUGCCCGGAAGGGCCUCGAGCUCCUGCAGCACGAGCGAGAGAGCAGAUGCAGCCGAGUAACAGAGUCAAAGACUGUCCGCAGGGUGUUGGAGACAGUCUACAUCGACGACACAGGCCACACAAAGGCAUAA